AAGUUAUAGUUUAAACUGAAUCGGCUGGUUCUACAGGUUUCAUAGACACAUUAUCGAGUCCGACUGGAGGUUGAGUAACUUAGCUGCGUUUAUGUACUGACUGACCGACAGCCUGUCCAGCUAGGCCCAGAGUGUACAGUGGGAUAAGGUACAGUAGGAACUCCGGGGAGUUUUAGGUUUGUCUCCCCAUGACAACGUGUCACCACGGUGACUGCGGCUCCAAGAGUGAUGCAGAGUGGCCGACCUCCGAUGAUGAAAGAAAUAUGGAGGACGUGGAGGUCACUGAACUUGGGCCGCUGCUGACAACUCCCAAAGAUUCAACUGAAUCAAAAGGUGCAUCUGCAUGUCCUGAUGAGGAUGAAGAAGAAGGUUUGAUGUUGGUUACACUGCCCAUGCAGGCGCACCAUGCCAUGGAGAAGAUGGAGGAGUUUGUACACAAGGUAUGGGAAGGACGCUGGAGAGUUAUCCCAUACCAUCUCCUUCCCGAUUGGCUUAAGGACAACGAUUACCUGCUGCAUGGACAUCGCCCGCCCAUGCCAUCGUUUAGGGCUUGUUUUGGAAGCAUCUUCAGAAUUCACACAGAGACUGGAAAUAUCUGGACACACAUGCUGGGUCUGAUAUUUUUCUUGUGUUUGGGAACAAUGACGAUGCUUCGACCGAAUGUGUCGUUCAUGGCUCCCAUGCAGGAGAAGGUUGUGUUUGGGGUGUACUUUCUGGGUGCAGUGCUCUGCCUGUGCUUCUCGUGGCUUUUUCACACUGUCUACUGCCAUUCUGAAAAAGUCUCCAGAACAUUUUCUAAGUUGGAUUACUCGGGUAUUGCUUUGUUGAUAAUGGGCUCGUUCGUUCCGUGGUUGUACUACUCGUUUUACUGCUCUCCUCUGCCGCGGCUCAUCUAUCUCACUGCCGUGUGUGUCCUGGGUGUUGCUGCGAUCGUUGUGGCCCAGUGGGACCGAUUCGCCACCCCUCGUCACCGGUCCACACGUGCAGGUGUAUUCCUGGCCCUUGGACUGAGUGGACUUAUCCCCACAAUGCACUUUGCCAUAGUGGAGGGUUUCGUGAAGGCAGCAACAGUUGGUCAGAUGGGCUGGCUCUAUCUGAUGGCUACAAUGUACAUCAGUGGAGCAGCACUUUAUGCAGCACGGAUACCUGAACGUUAUUUUCCUGGAAGAUGUGACAUCUGGUUUCAGUCUCAUCAGAUAUUUCACGUGCUGGUUGUCGGUGCAGCAUUUGUCCAUUUCUAUGGAGUCUCAAACCUGCAGGAGUUUCGUUAUGGUUUGGAAGGAGGCUGCACAGAUGACUCUAUGCUAUAAAAAAUAAAUCCUUACCCUGUUUAUUACAAACCAUUUGAACUGUGGCCAGUGUCUAGUCACAUCACAACAAACCAGGAUCCAACACAAUAGUCAUUUUUUAUCCGCAUUUUAACAUGUAUUUGAAUAAGAAAUGUUUAUUUGUUAAAAUAUUUGAAAUGUGUUUUGUUUAGAUUUUUCUGUACUAUUUUAAAAUGGGACUUAUUUUUUGUUUAUUAUUUAUUGCAAAUCACUGGAAUAAUCAAACGCCAUCCAACAUUGUAAGUGUUGAGAGGCAUUGAAUCAGGGUCUUAGCCCAGACUACUUGCAUUGUUUUGAGAAGUUGCCUGACUUUUAUGUACAAAGUGCAAAAUAAAGAUGAAAGCAUCAUA